UUCGCGCCACAUCUGCAGCAGUCGGACAUACACACAAGAAGAGAUAUCCAAGCAACAAUGUCUUCCCCAACAUCGACUCCCAGUGGCCGCAAACGAGAAAGGAGCACCAACCCGUCCACACCCAGUAGCGAGGGCCCGAUCUCGCCUCCCUCUCAGCGCCGCAGAGGCCUGGACUCCUCCACCGGGGACCUGAUGCAGAUGCCCAUCUCCCCAGCCACCGACAUGCUCAGUCCAGCAGCACCUCAGGACACUUCUCUGUUCUCCAGCCCACGACCAUCAGUUCAACCCAAUGAAGUGGACAUGAGCUCCCCUCUAAUGUACGGGACCCCCAGCUCCAGGGUUGAAGGGACCCCACGCAGUGGAGUGCGCGGCACUCCAGCCAGACAGCGUCCUGAUCUGGGGUCAGUCAGGAAGGCUCCACAAGUGGAUCUUCACUCUGAGCCGCCCAGUGGUGAUGGUGCCGUCGCCAGCGAGCCAAAUGCAGCCCAGAGACUGGUGAUCUGGGGGACUGAUGUCAAUGUUGGGACCUGUAAGGAGAAGUUUCAGAGGUUCCUGCAGAGGUUCAUCGACCAGACCUCCACUGAGGAUGAGAACGCUGGUCUGGACCUGAAUGAGCCGAUAUACAUGCAGAAACUGGAAGAGAUCAGUGUUGUUGGGGAUCCAGUGCUGAAUGUGAAUUGUCUGCAUGUUCAGGCCUUUGAUGCUGAACUUUACAGGCAGCUCAUCUGCUACCCACAGGAAGUCAUCCCAACCUUCGACAUGGCAGUCAACGAGCUUUUCUUUGAGCGUUUCCCAGACUCCAUCUUGGAAUUCCAGAUCCAAGUCCGCCCUUACAACGCCCUGAAAACCAAAAACAUGAGGAGCCUGAACCCAGAAGACAUCGAUCAGCUGAUUACUAUCAGCGGCAUGGUGAUCCGCACCUCGCAGCUCAUCCCAGAGAUGCAGGAGGCUUUCUUCCAGUGCCAGGUGUGCGCCUUCAGCACCCGUGUGGAGGUGGAUCGCGGGCGCAUCCCCGAGCCGGCUGUGUGCCGCAACUGCAACACCACCCACAGCCUGGCGCUCAUUCACAACCGCUCCGCCUUUUCAGACAAACAGAUGAUCAAAAUUCAAGAAUCUCCUGAAGACAUGCCGGCCGGUCAGACGCCUCACACAAGUAUUAUCUACGCCCACAACGACCUGGUUGAUAAAGUUCAGCCAGGAGAUCGUAUUAAUAUCACCGGUGUAUACAGAGCCGUCCCCAUGCGCGUGAAUCCACGCCAGAGCAACGUGAAGUCGGUGUACAAGACUCACAUCGACGCGAUCCACUUCCGUAAGACAGACGAGAAGCGCCUGCACGGUUUGGACGAGGAUGCCGAACAGAAGCUCUUCACCGAGGACAGAGUGCAGACGCUGAAGGAGCUGGCGGCCAAACCAGACGUCUACGAACGCCUCUCCUCCGCCCUCGCACCCAGCAUCUACGAGCAUGAGGACAUCAAAAAGGGCAUUUUGCUGCAGCUGUUCGGUGGCACUCGUAAGGACUUCAGCCAGACCGGCCGGGGAAACUUCCGAGCAGAUGUGAACAUCCUGCUCUGCGGAGACCCCGGCACCAGCAAGUCCCAGCUGCUGCAGUACGUCUACAACCUGGUGCCCCGCGGCCAGUACACGUCAGGGAAGGGCUCCAGCGCCGUGGGUCUCACCGCCUACGUGAUGAAGGACCCGGAGACGAGGCAGCUGGUCCUGCAGACCGGAGCUCUGGUGCUGAGCGACAACGGCAUCUGCUGCAUCGACGAGUUUGACAAGAUGAGUGACAGCACGCGCUCCGUGCUGCAUGAGGUCAUGGAGCAGCAGACCCUUUCUAUUGCCAAGGCUGGAAUCAUUUGCCAGCUGAACGCCCGUACGUCUGUGCUGGCCGCUGCUAACCCCAUUGAGUCUCAGUGGAACCCCAAAAAGACCACAAUUGAGAACAUUCAGCUGCCUCACACACUGCUGUCCAGAUUCGACCUCAUCUUCCUGAUGCUGGAUCCCCAAGACGAGGCCUACGACCGCAGGCUGGCCCACCACCUGGUGUCGCUGUACUACCAGAGCGAGGAGCAGAUGGAGGAAGAGUUCCUGGACAUGGCUGUGUUGAGGGACUACAUUGCAUAUGCACGAACAUACAUCAACCCGAGGCUGAGUGAGGAGGCCAGCCAGGCUCUCAUCGAGGCCUAUGUAGACAUGAGGAAGAUCGGCAGUGGUCGGGGGAUGGUCUCCGCCUACCCCCGACAGCUGGAGUCCCUGAUCCGCCUGGCGGAGGCGCACGCCAAGGUCCGCUUCUCUGAGAAGGUGGAGACCAUCGAUGUGGAGGAGGCCAAGCGGCUGCACAGAGAGGCCCUCAAACAAUCGGCCACUGACCCCAGAACAGGAUUUGUUGACAUCUCUAUUCUCACAACAGGUAUGAGUGCCACCGCCCGCAAACGCAAGGAGGAGGUGGCCCAAGCCCUGAAGAAACUGAUCCAGGCCAAAGGAAAGACACCUGCCAUGAAAUACCAGCAGCUGCUUGAUGAUCUCAGAGGACAGUCUGAAACUGCGAUCACUAAGGAGCUGUUCGACGAGGCGCUCCGAGCCCUGUCUGACGAGGAUUACUUGACUGUUACUGGAAAGACCGUUCGUCUCCUCGCCUGAGGCACACCCUGCGAUUAUGUACAGUCCUUAAUUUUAAAACCCUAUCCCGUGUCAACCUCUUUUCUUGUGCUAUAAAAAAUAUUUUGUAUAAAUGAACCACCAUAUGUUUUCUGGCCAUAUUAGAUGUUGGAAUCUCCUGCAAUUAAGUGUCAUGAUUCAGAAUAACCACAUGACUCAUUCAGACUUGGUCUGUUUGGAUUGAAAAAAAAAAAAAAAGAGAGGGAGAACAUUAAAAAAACACAUUGGCAAUUAAUAGAGUGAAUAUUUAAAAAUGCUUGUAUUUCAUUUAUGUACUUGUUUUCAAGUAAUGCUCUUGCUGUUUUUUUGGUGUGUUAUGAUGAAAAGCUUUUUGUUCCAACUUUACAUUGUAAUGACAAUUAAGUCAAUCACUUAUUAUUUUCAGAGAUUAAUUGUCUGUGUAGCUGACUACUUGUUAAUAGAGGGAAAAUAAAAUGUUGCUCACUGAAAA